UUAUGUUUGACCUUGUUAAAUUUGAAAAAAAAAAUUUUUCAAUCAUAAAAACUGAAAACUGAAAAUGUUUUUAAAUUUUAUUGUCCACUUAUUUAUUAUUAUCCUUAUUAUUAUUAUUAUUUUAUCUCCUUUAAUCCCUAAUUGAAAGUAUUGGACUUAAAUAAACAAAAUGGUAUUUGAAACCCAUGAUAUACUAAAAUAUUUAUCUAAUAUACAAACAAAUUGGAAUACAAUGAAAACCACAGAUACAUCAUUACAAGAAUUAGUUACUAACCAUAUACAAGAGGAUAGAUCAUUACGUAAUACGAUAUGUCAUACUACCGGUCAGAUACAAUCAAGACAAGGUAUCAUCAACUUGUUGGCCGAUAGUAAACAUGAUGAUUUGAUACAUUCUCCUGAUGAAUUUACACAUUUCCCAAAUAAUAUACAAAUGAUUAUUAAUAAAACAUGGAAAACUUAUUAUCAACAAAAUGAUAAUGCUGCUGAGAAUAAAGAAAAUAUUGAUUAUAAUAAAACAAAAUUGUAUUCAACUUCAGCUAUAUGUACUUGUCAAGCAAAUGAUUCAAUAAUAUACCCUAGUUGUUCAACCACUAGUUCAGAUUCAAUCAUGGCGAAUCAAUUAAAGAACCAACUACAAAGAACAUGUAUAGAACAUCAGACAAAAUUAAGACCUCGACCAUUAUUAAGACAAAAAGAGAAUGAUGAACAUUAUAUCAAUGAUCUAUUAGUUGAAAGCAGGUUAGUUACAUGUCAAAAUGAAUUACAAUCAACAUCGAAUACCCAUAGACCAAUGCAAGUACAUAUGCGUUAUCCAAUACCAAGAAAACAAGAUGCUAUAUAUAAUGCAAGAUAUAAAACUCAACCAUGUUUACAUUAUCAAAAAUAUAAACAUUGUCCAUUAGGUGAUAAUUGUCAUUUUGCUCAUGGUCCAAAUGAGCUAAAAUAUCCACAAUUUCAUCCAAAAUAUCGUACAAGAAUAUGUAUGAAUUAUGCAAAUAAUGGUACAUGUCCAUAUGGUAAUCAUUGUUACUUUUUACAUUUUACCCCUAUGUCAUCAACUCAAAACAAUAAUACUACUACUAAUACUAAAAUCAAUAAUAAUAGAACUGUUGCUAAGCAAUGGAAUAUUGAUCAUUUUAUACAAGAUGAUAGUAAUAUAAGUAGUAUCAAUAAUAAUCAUCAUACGGAUACUAUGAUAUUGAGUUCGAACUUGAGGCGAGUUACCAUUUAGAAAAAAAAACAUAAUACCUCCCUAUUUAAUAUUGGUUUUUUUUGUUCUCUUAUUGCCAAGGUAUUUAUUUUGUUUAUCCUUUAAGCAAGUUAUAUAUAUAUAUAUAUACCUUUCUAUUAUCCUUAUUAUUAUUUAAGAUGAUAAUUAAUAUUAAUUUAAAUUAGAUUAAAAAAAAAUUUGGACAAUAAUUUUUGUUACUACUUAUUUUUUUUCUAUCAGUAGUACUGUGACACACAUACACACACCUUUGUGUUUGUCUUCCAGUAAAACACUUUUAUCGGUCAUUGGGACCCCAAUUUCUUUUUUUGUUUAGUAUCUAAAUUGAUUGACAGAUCGAUAUUUCUAAACCCUUUUUUUGGAAUUGAUUUACUCAUUUUUUUUUACUCGUUCAUACUACCUCUACGGUAACGGUGUUAUACAUGGAUAGAUCAUUUGAAUUUGAUAAUAGUAAUAAUGAUAAUAAUGGUAACACCGGUACAAUUUAUUCAUAAUAGUUUAUUUUUUCCAUUGUUGUCAGGUCAGGUUGUUUCUUCUCCAUCUUUUUCUUUUUUUUUUGUAAUGUUCCCAUUUGUUUUUUUGUGAUCUGUCCAUCUUUUAUUAUUGAGAUAUAUUUAUAAAUACGUUUUGAUAGCGAUAUUAUUUUAUGUCAUCCUAUUUUUUAUACGAAUAAAAUUAGUCUUAUAC